CGCCAGCAUCGAUGCGUCCGGUGCCCAGGUGCGCGGCGCAGCUGGAGAAGCAGGGCUCGCCCCACCCCUCCGCUCGGCCACUGAUUGCUCGCGUCUGGCCGUGCGGACCGCCGAGCGCGUCGCUCCCGCGUCCCCGCACGGUGCCUGCCUCGCUCCUUGUCGCGGCACUCGUUCCGGGCUCGGCGGCUCCCGCUCCCCGCCCGGCUCCGCGCUGGCCCGGGUGGAUGGCGCCUCAGCGGAGGGGCCCGCUCAGGACUCCCGAGGGUAGCGGAGCCACUGAGCGGCGGCGCCCGAGCAGCACCAAGAAGGACCGGGAGCUGAGAGAAACUUGGAGAGGAUGGCUAAAGACUUUGGGCCUGGGGGCCAGUGUUGUACUGGCCUCCAUCCUGAUCUGGAGCAGCCUGGGGGCUGAUGAUGGUGUUGCUGAGGUCCUGGCCCACCGUGACGAGAUCCUGGAGGGCAAGUUCAUUGAAGUGCCCUGUUCUGAGGACUACGAUGGCCACCGAAGGUUCGAAGGCUGCACUCCCAGGAAGUGUGGCCGUGGUGUCACUGACGUUGUCAUCUCCAGGGAGGAGGCAGAGCGCAUUCGCAGAGUAGCAGAGAAGGGCCUCUCCCUGGGCGGAUCUGAUGGAGGGGCGUCCAUCCUGGACUUGCACUCAGGGGCCCUGUCCAUCGGGAAGCACUUUGUGAACCUGUACAGAUACUUUGGGGAUAAAAUACAAACUAUCUUCUCUGAAGAGGACUUCCAGUUGUACCGGGAUGUGCGGCGGAAGGUCCAGCUCACAAUCGCAGAGGCAUUCGGUAUCAGCGCAUCCUCUCUGUACCUGACCAAGCCCACGUUCUUUUCACGCAUAAACAGCACUGAGGCGCGGACAGCCCACGAUGAGUACUGGCACGCACAUGUGGACAAGGUGACCUACGGUUCGUUUGACUACACCUCACUGCUGUACCUCUCUGACUACCUAGAGGACUUCGGUGGAGGGCGCUUUGUGUUCAUGGAGGAAGGUGCCAAUAAGACGGUGGAGCCCAGGGCUGCCCAUGGAGGCCCUGAUAUCCUCCAUCCUUUUUCUCCCUGGCUUCUGAAGCCUCUCCAAGAUGGGCAGAAACACUGCAGGGGUAAUAGAGGGAGAAGCACAUCUGUGCCUGUGGUGGAGGAGCAAAGAGAAGGUCGGGUUUCUUUCUUCACCUCGGGGUCUGAGAAUCUGCACCGUGUGGAGAAGGUCCGCUGGGGUACCCGUUAUGCCAUCACCAUCGCCUUCACCUGCAACCCUGACCAUGGCAUUGAGGACCCGGCCUUCACGUAGCCCAGGGCCUGAGUCCCUGCCCGCAUCCUUGUGGGGGAGCAGACACCUUGAGGCCUGGACCACGCUGAGUGCCCCGGGCCCAGCU